UGGAUUACUUUGACGUCUUGGGCUUUUGCUACCUGAACUCGUGCGUGUUGUUUGUCCUUGUGUGUGCGCGUGGUCGGUCACUGGACAUUGAUCAUUAGCUCGCCACCUUCCUGAUCUCCGGUGGCUGACACUCUUGGACUCUUGGAUCAUGGAGCCCGGAAAGGAGCUGACGGCCACCUUGGCGUUGGCCGUCUUCACGGCAGUGUUGGGCUCCCUGCAGUACGGCUACAGCCUCGGAGUCAUCAACGCCCCGCAACGGGUGAUCGAGAGGCACUAUGGGCGCUCGUUGGGCGUUUGGCCCCAGGAAGCCGACCGCAUGUCGCCAAACGCCAGCCGCACGGCAGACACUGCGCAGGAGCAGGUUCAUCCGACUGUGAUCAUGUACUGGUCCUUGUCGGUAGCCAUCUUCUCGGUCGGUGGCGUGCUCUCCUCCUUCCUGGUGGGAUUCGUGGGAGACUUCAGAGGCAGGGUGAAAGGAAUGUUGGCGAUCAACGUGCUGGCCGUGGUUGCCGGACUCCUGAUGGGACUGUGCAAGAUGUGGAAGCCUCACCUCAUGGUCAUCGCGGGCCGCGCCAUCAUGGGCUUCUACUGCGGCUUGACGUCCGGCCUGGUGCCCAUGUACAUCGGCGAGAUUGCGCCCAAAGCUUACCGAGGGGCCCUGGGGACCUUGCACCAGCUGGCGAUCGUCGUCGGCAUCCUCAUCAGCCAGGUGAUCGGCUUGGACUUCAUCCUGGGGAACGACGCCAUGUGGCCCCUGCUCCUGGCGCUGUCGGGGGCCCCCGCCGUCCUGCAGUCCCUCCUGCUGCCGCUGUGUCCCGAAAGCCCGCGCUACCUCUACAUCCUUCUGGGAAAGGAAUGCGAGGCUCAGGAAAGCCUGUACCGACUGAAGGGGGCGUACGACGCGUCCGCCGAUCUGGAUGAGAUGAGGCGGGAGAAGGAGGAGGCAGACAAGGUGCCUCGGGUCUCUAUCUCGUCUCUGAUCUGCUCGUCGGCGUACAGGCGGCCGCUGUUUGUGGCCCUCGCGAUGCACUUGUCUCAGCAGCUGUCGGGCAUCAAUGCGAUCUUUUACUACUCCACGGCAAUCUUCUCCCAGGCCGGCGUCAGUCAGCCCGUCUACGCCACCAUCGGCGUCGGCGCCAUCAACACCGUCUUCACUCUGGUGUCUGUGGCGCUGGUGGACCGGGCCGGCAGGCGCACGCUAACGCUAGCCGGCCUGGGCGGCAUGUGCUUCUGCGCCGUCGCCAUGACGAUCGGCCUCAAGUUGCAGAGCUCGUACGAUUGGAUGAGCUACGUUAGCAUGUCGGCCAUCUUCCUUUUUGUGGCCUUCUUUGAGAUCGGGCCCGGUCCCAUCCCGUGGUUCAUCGUGGCCGAGUUGUUCAGCCAGGGCCCCCGACCGGCGGCCAUCGCCCUCGCCGGCUGCUGCAACUGGACCAGCAACUUCAUCGUGGGCAUGACCUUUUCCUACAUACAGAACUGGCUGGGCGCGUACGUCUUCGUCUUGUUUGCCGGGCUGCUUUUUGGCUUCACCGCGUUCACGUACCUACGAGUGCCGGAGACCAAAGGCAAGAGCUUCGAGGAGAUCGCCGAGCUUUUCCGAAAGGGCGUUAAAAAGGCGCCGGCCAACGGCAAGAGCGACGACGUGGAAUUGCAGCGGCUCAAAACUGCGACGCACGCUUGAUGAGUUUGAAGAUGCUUUGGAUGACUUGAGAAAUGUGGAACGCGGACAUAAGUCCAUCAAAAUGUCUGUACUGUAUUGAUUUGGGACUGUUGCCAUAGAAAAUGAGGAAAACCUUUGGGAAAGUGAAAAUGAUCUUCAAAAUGUCCUGAUUUUGGUGAAUAUGUUGACAUUUGAAUCGCUUGGACCGGCUUGAGAAAUUUGGAAAGAUGAGGUCAAAUUUGGACACCGCCACAUUCGUUUCACUUGGUUUUACUUUCUUGGCAGGUUGGAAAUUUGGGUUCGCAAGAUGCCCUUCGUGUCCUUAGCUCGACUCGGUUGAGAAAUGUGGAACGAGUGUUGAAAACUGCCGGGAUUCAUCGUAAUGGUAAAUGUGAGUUGUUUUUUUUUUUCCCCCGUGACUCGGUCACAUCCAACAAUACGGUACUUUUGCAACGGCUGCCGUCACAAAAGCGCUCCCUCCAGCGCCCCCUGGAGGUUAACAUUUGAUACUUUGAGAGGAGCCUCUCAACAAUCGACCUUCGGGCUUGUCAGUAUUAUUGUCUUCGGUUUUAAACGGAAUCAGCACGAAGCGCAAAUAUCCAAGGAAAAUGUAAAUGUGUCCACAUUUGUUGUCGUCUCAGUGUGACUUAUUCUAAUAAUGUGACUGUUGCUUUUAAUUAACUUUAUUCUUGUGACAAUGCAACUCUUUUAUGUCAUAAAAAUCGCAGUUUUAUUCGGAUGAUGAUUUGAUUUUGUUGUUGUGUGACGGCAUUUUUUUUUUUUCCUGGCAAUUGCUUUUUUUUUUUUUUCUCUCUCUCAUAGCAAUCGGACUUUUUAGUCAUGACACGCUCUCGUUCUGGUACUUGUACUAAAUGUCGUAAUGUUAUGAUUUUUCUUGUCACGUUCUUUUUAAUGUUUGUGUGUGUGUGUGUGUGUGUGUGUCAAGGUUUUAUGCCUUUAUCUUUGUAGUUGGUAAUAUUUUGACAAAAUUGGUAUAUGAUUUUCAAAA